AUGGCUCUCGGGAUACUGGAGCCCAGGACGGAAAGUGUCCCUGGCACCGUUCAAGUCACUCAGAAGAACGAUAGUGAAGCAAGCAGGUCGCAAACGACUAUUCUCGUACCACAACCCUCGGAUGAUCCCGAUGAUCCACUGAACUGGCCUCUUUGGCAACGCGAUGUUAUCCUGGUUAUUCUCUGCAUUGUAUCGGUGCUUGCAACCACCGCCUCGCCCCUUCUAGCCGCCGACUCAGUAGAGCUCGCCCUCAAAUUCCAAUGCACUUUCCAGGAGGCCGCCUUACUCACAGCCUACCACCUGGCGGGCGUCGGAGUGGGGAGUUUGCUGUUCGUACCACUUGCAAGGGUUUGGGGAAAGAGACAUGUGUUCCUGCUUGGAUCGUUGCUCAUGAUCGCGUCAUCCGCAUGGGGAGGAUCGACACACGAGGGCUAUAACUAUACCAGUAUGCUCUGGGCACGAGUGAUUCAAGGAGUCGCUCUGGCUCCUUUUGAGUCGCUCAUCAACGCGUGCGUGGGUGACCUCUACUUUGUCCACGAGCGCGGUCUGCGCAUGGCGUUCGCAAACGUGUCGCUCUUCGGUGGAGCAUUCUUGACUCCAGUAUUUGUCGGAAUGAUCGCCCACGAUAUUGGCUGGCAAUGGUCGUUCUACUUCAUCGCCAUCUUCAUGGGUGGUGGCUUCUUGCUGCUAUUGUUCCUGUGUCCGGAAGUCGCAUACCACCGACCAGAUCGCCUGAACACCGACCUGACAACAGGCAGUAUGGACUCUCUCGACGGCCAAGACGAGAAACUGCCAGCAGAGCGAGUGAUUAGCAGAGUCAGAGGCAAUGCUUGGAAGCCCCUGCGUAUCUCACCCUUCAACGGACGUAAGACCGACGAAUCAUUCUGGAAGCUAUUCUUGCGGCCAUUUCCUCUCUUUUUGCAUCCCGCUGUGAUUUGGGCUUGCCUCCUCCAAGGAGUAAUGAUCGGCUGGACGGUCAUGGUAGGCGUGAUUCUGUCACUCAUCUUUCUUGGACCACCCUUAUUCUUCAACGAGGAGCAGGCAGGUAAGAUGUAUACCGCUGCUUUCAUCGGAAGUAUUCUCGGUCUCUUGAUAGCCGGAGCGUUCACAGAAGUCACGACCCGCUUCAUGAUUCGACGCAACAAUGGCAAGUAUGAACCCGAGUUUCGCAUACUGCUCGUCGUUCCGACCUUAAUUUUCGCUGCCAUUGGACUCUACGGCUUUGGAAUCACUUCAGCAAAUGUAGCUCGCUACGGCUGGAUUGUACCGGAGGUCUUCCUCGCAUUCAUCGUCGCCAGUAUGGUCAUGGGAGCAACAGCUUCCGCGCAGUACCUGCUCGAUGCACACAGAGACAUCGCGGUCGAGUCUUUCACCUGUCUCAUCAUCUUCAAGAACAUGUUCUCAUUCAUUCUGGCAUAUUUUGCUUACACCUGGGUGUUUGCCGGCGGGAUUGAGCGUCUGUUCAUCAUUUUCGGAAGCAUUGAAGUUGCCAUCUGCGCGUUGAGCUUACCGAUGUAUGUUUUUGGUAAGAUGAGUCGCGACUUCUUCCAUCGGCACGAUCUAUUGAAGAUUUUUGGGUUGAGAUGAGUCUAUUGAUGAACAGCUCCAUUUGUUUGUCCAGAAAUUGCCCAACAAUUGCCGAGGUGUCUCCGGUUCUGCCUGAAGAUAAGAGAUGUUCCGAUAUUCUCCUCGACAUUCUCUUUUCUCACCUUUGUGAUGUCUUCAAUGAGAUACCUGUAUACCGUCUCGAUCUUAUCGCAG